AUGACGCCCAAGGGAUCUCGCAAGAGAGUGACGACCAGCCCUUCCGGCGUGGACUCACCGGCUACACCGAGCAGUGAUGGCCGAGACCGCUUAGACUCCCAGCCACGGGGUUACAAUUCCAGCUGGUACCCCGGAUCCUGGUCGUCUGUCGCGAGAGUAUCCAAAGCAGCGCCAGUUACCGAGGUUGCCCGUGAGAGCAUUUCAGCCGCCAAACCCGUAGCAUCAAACGUCACGAGCUCAUCGACUUCUCUUCUUGAUACCCCCACAAAGAAUCGACACCCUUCGAUUCAACUUACGCGAAAAGCAGGUACCUCAACCAGAUCACUGCCCGCUGACGCUACCACGACCCGAGUCAACAUUGCAUCGGAUGGUUCGGCCUCUACUACGGCUAUUGAGGACUCUAGCGAGACCAACGCUGCAGAACCAGUAACUUCUGACAAAGAGUCGCUUGGGGAAGGUGACAAAAAGCCCCUAGAAGAAUCAUCCAAGGAGCUGGAGCCCACAACCGACGCCAAUCCCAGCACCUCGCAUGAGGCAGCUGCAGGGGCUCCCGGGCAAUCUGGUGGAUGGUUUUCAUGGAUCUAUGGACCAUCUAUUACGUCUGAGGUUGCCGCGGAACCGAUUACUUCAGAACCUACAGCAGCUACGGAAAGUCCGUUUGGUCUUACAGCAGCUACGGAAAGUCCGUUAGUCGAAGACCAAACGGAAGACCAGAGUACCCAACCUACCCUAGAGGAUUCCACGACACCAGGAUCAGAACAGGAACCAGUAUCCGAGCAACCAAAACAUACCGUUGAAGCUACUUCCAUCGUACAGAAGCAGUCGUGGCUCCAAAUGUGGUAUGGUACAAAUCAACCAAGCCAGCAAAAGGAAUCUACGGAAUCCACUGUCUCUCCUUCGGCGAAUAACACUUCUGUCGAGGCUUCUAGCACAAGCAUGGCACCACAAGAUUCAUCGGAUGAGCCAACAAAACCGUCUAGUGGAUCACAGACCCCGGCCGGGACUACUAAGCCAUCUGGCUGGUCAUUUUGGUCUAAAGGCCCAAUCAAAGAAGGUCCUGUAGAUAAACCGCAGGAAGGCGAAGCUGUGGAAGCAAUAAUGGAUUCAACUCCACUAUCGAAGCUUGCAGUACCCGAGUCAGAAACAGAUGCAAAUGUCAAGAUAAUCCAGAAAGGAAGUUUCAAAAUCAAGCCGCCAAAUGAUAACCGUGUCAAAGAUGGAGUUGGAACCACCAUUGAAGGCACACAUGCCAUACCACCCGUCGAACCUCGUCCAGCUGAUGUGACCGCGUCAAAACAACUACAGAAAAUUAUUCCCAACCAAGUACUACCAACUUUCGAAGAAACGUAUCCAUAUGAGGCAUCGCCGUCGAUUUUGCAGAGCCUUGGUCGAUUCCUGUAUUAUGUGAAAGGACCAGAGCUUAAGCAUGUCAGCAGGGUGAAGGAGCCCCUGCAUGUGAAACGUGCUCUAGCUAUUGGUGUUCACGGGUAUUUCCCAGUCCCAUUCAUUCGAAGUGUCCUCGGACAGCCUACAGGGACAUCCAUUCGAUUUUCCAAUAUGGCAGCAGAUGCCAUUCGGAAGUACACUGAAAGCCGCGGAUAUACAUGCGAUAUCGAAAAGAUUGCAUUAGAAGGAGAAGGCCGCAUCACAGAGCGGGUAGACCUCCUGUGGAAGCUGCUUCUGAAUUGGAUGGAAGAGAUCCGCAAGGCAGAUUUCAUCAUGGUGGCAUGUCACAGUCAAGGUGUGCCAGUAGGGAUCAUGCUAGUUGCAAAGCUCAUACAGUUCGGCUGUCUUGAUGCAAAGAGAGUGGGCAUCUGCGCCAUGGCAGGCGUGAAUCUUGGCCCAUUCCCGGAUUAUCGCUCUCGAUGGAUCAGUGGGUCGGCGGGAGAGCUGUUCGAGUUUGCGCUACCUUUCAGCAAGGUCUCGAAAGAGUAUGAAUCCGCUCUGAAAUGUGCUCUUGAUUUCGGUGUUCGCAUCUCAUACAUCGGAAGUAUUGAUGACCAACUGGUUUCACUGGAGUCCUCUCUCUUCUCACCCGUAGCCCACCCCUAUGUCUACCGCGCUGUUUUCGUUGAUGGCCGAGUUCACGCUCCAAGCUUCCUCUCUCAUCUAGUUGGCUUUGCCCUCAAACUCCGCAACCUUGGUAUCGCAGACCACGGUUUGAUCCGCGAAUUAAGCACACCACUAGCAGGCAGUCUGUACACAGGAGAAGGACACUCUCGGCUGUACGACGAUGAAGCCGUGUACGCUAUGGCAAUUGAAUUUGCCCUCGAGACUUCAUCUGUCUCAAACCCCAUGCUCAGCAUUAAGCGGGCCAGCAGUGCCACCACGCCCAAUCCAUACAUCCUCCCCUUCGCCAUGCGCGGACUCCUGGAAGAGGAACAUGUGCGGCGCGAGCUACACAACGAGACCAUGGAAUUGCUUCGGCAAUUUGAUGAUUGGAAACCCUCCAGUAAGGUUCUAAAAGAUGUGAAGUUUCGGCUGGAGGGUAUUCGGUCCAAGCUCUAG